AUGAUCAAACUUCAAUAUUUAUUAUUACUAUCAUGCUUCAUUGGCACCAUCUAUGCCAGUCAAUGUUUCGACUUUUCCUGUCAUGUAUACAAUGUGACAUCAGCUGGAUUGGAUCCAGUUUAUGGACCUGGACCAGGACUUGAGGGACAUGCUUUGGCCUUUGCCGAUGAGAAGGUACCAGGUGGAAUUACAAAGUACGAUUUUUAUAACAACUAUGGUGUGAUGACCGUCGUUGACAAGAACACUCUGAUUGUGACUGGCACAAUGGUUCCAUCGACAGGCGCCCGUGCCCCAUACAUUGAGGCCAAGCUGGUCUUCCGUCCAUUCCAAUGCACAACAUGUGCCAACCCCAAGCUCGAGUUGCAGGCCAACGCCUACGUCCCCGCCGGUCCAAUCGACCCAUGCUCAUGGAAGUACUUUGUGAUCGACACUGCCGCUUCACGUCUUGUUGGCAAGGAUCUUGAACUCGAGGGCUGGGAUAUCAUCCUGACCCCACACAUGGGCAUGCCACUGCAGGUUGGAAAGGGUGCCAACGGCAAGAACCUCAACUUGGGCAUGUCCAGCUGGUUCUCAUUCGAGUUUGUCAAGAAUGGAACACGCUACACCUCACCAAACGUCGCCGACAUCAACGUCGACCUCACCUGUUCUGACUGUCCUUCGGGCGACUACGCUGCAACAGCUGCCAUGGGCCCAACUGGCGGCCAGUCUGCCUACGUCUCCUCGACCGAUUUGACACCAUUUGGUGGCUUCCAAUCAUUCGACUUUGUCAACAAGUCAGGCAACCUGCAUCUGGAGUCCAAUGGCGACAUGCUCCUCACAGGCACCCUGUCCCCAGUCAGUCACGACUCACCCCUGCUCACAUGCAGCCUCCUGUUCCACCCCAACAGAGACUACUUCAGAUCGAUGAAGCUUGAGCUCGACUACCACGUCUACUUCCCACAGGGCUGGGUCGAUCCAGGCACCUACAUCUACUACGACAUCGACACUCACAACUCGCAGUGUAUCUCUGGCGAGACCACCAUCAAGUUUGUCGGCGACAUGAUGAUGCCAAUGCAGUUGGGAUACGGCGCCAAUGGCAAGAACAUGAACUAUGGCAUGGCCGUCUGGUUGCAGUACAGCGUCAUUCGUGGUGGUGUCGAGGUCGAGGGUCCAGACUACAUCCUUGACUUUAACGUCGAUCUCACAUGCCAGGAGUAA